AUGAUAUGGAAGUCCCGGCGACGAUUCUUUCCUUUUCUGAUCGCCGCAGAAGAUCUCGGGAGCAAGUCGGCCGCUUUCGGCAGCGACUCGCGCGCUUCCUACGCGGAAAGGUUGGCGGCCCUGCGCGGCUAUCGGUGCUGCCAUCGGGCGCGGACCCAAUCUGUACCGCUGUCACGAGGCGGGGGUCGCCGUGAAUCUCCAACGAGCGGCCCGCGGUGGCCGCGCGGCCAGAGAUACCAAUCGCUGCGACAGCGAGAGAGACCCAAACACGCGCCGUCCAAGCCGGCAGCCGAAAUCCAAAAGCCCGCCAUCCACAAGCCCGCCAUCCAGCAUCCUGCCAUCCAGAAACCAGCCAUCCACAGGCCCGCCAUCCACAAGCCCGCCAUCCACAAGCCUGACAUCCACAGGCCCGCAAUCCACAAGCCCGCCAUCCACAAGCCUGCCAUCCACAAGCCUGCCAUCCACAAGCUCGCCAUCCACAAGCCCGACAUCAACAAGCCCGACAUCCACAAGCCUUCCAUCCACAAGCCUGACAUCCACAAUCCCAACAUCCACAAGCCCACCAUCCAAAGGCCCGCCAUCCACAAGCCCGACAUCAACAAACCCGACAUUCACAAGCCCGCCAUCCACAAGCCCAACAUCAACAAGCCCGACAUCCACAAGCCUUUCACCCACAAGCCCACCAUUAACAAGCCCACCAUCCACAAGCCUGCUAUCCACAAGCCCGACAUCCACAAGCCCAACAUCCACAACCUGACAUCGACAAACCCGACAUCAACAAGCCCGACAUCCACAAGCCUUCCAUCCACAAGCCCGACAUCCACAAGCCCAACAUCCACAAGCCCGCCAUCCAACAGUCCACCAUCCACCAUCCACCAUCCGACAUUGACAAACCCGACAUCAACAAACCCGACAUUCACAAGCCCGCCAUCCACAAGCCCAACAUCAACAAGCCCGACAUCCACAAGCCUUCCACCCACAAGCCCGCCAUUAACAAGCCCACCAUCCACAAGCCUGCCAUCCACAAGCCCGAAGUCCACAAGCCCACUCACCAUCCACAAGCCCGACAUCCACAAGUCUGACAUCCACAAUCCCGACAUCCAAAAGCCCAACAUCCACAAGCCUGCCAUCCACAAGCCCUCCAUCAACAAGCCCGACAUCCACAAGCCUGACAUCCACAAGCCCGACAUCGACAAACCCGACAUUCAUAAGCCUGCCAUCCACAAGCCUGCAGUCCACAAGCCCAACAUCCACAAGCCCGACAUCCACAAGCCCACCAUCCACAAACCCGCCAUCCACAAGCCCACCAUCUACAAGCCUGCCAUCCACAAGCCCGACAUACAUGAGCCAGCCAUCCAGAAACCCACCAUCCACAAGCCUGGCAUCCACAACCCGACAUCAACAAGCCCGACAUCCACAAGCCCUCCAUCCACAAGCCCGGCAUCCACAAGCCCAACAUCCACAAGCCCGCCAUCCAACAGUCCACCAUCCACAAGCCCGACAUUGACAAACCUGACAUCCACAAGCCUGCCAUCCACAAACAUCCAUAAGCCUGACAUCCACAAGCCCGCCAUCCACCAGCCCGCCAUCCACAAGCCCGUCAUCCACAAGCCCGCCAUCCACAAUCCCACCAUCAAGAAGCCCAACACUCACAAGCCCAGCAUCCACAGGCCUGACAUCCACAGGCCUGCCAUCCACAAGCCCGACAUCCACAAGCCCACCAUCCACAAGCUCAUCAUCGACAAACCCGACAUCCACAAGCUUGCCAUCCACAAGACCGCCAUCCACAAGCCCGCCAUCCACAAGCCCAACAUCGACAAACCCCCCACCAUCCACAAGGCUGACAUCCACAAGUCUGACAUUCAGAAGCUCGAUAUCCACAAGCCCGCCAUCCACAAGCCCGCCAUUCACAAGCCCGCCAUCCACAAGCUCGAAUUCCACAAGCCCGACAUCCACAAGCCUGACAUCGACAAACAAGACAUUCAUAAGCCCGGCAUCCACAAGCCCACCAUCCACAAGCCCGAUAUCCACAAGCCCAACAUCCACAAGCCCACCAUCCACAAACCCGCCAUCCACAGGCCUGCAAUCCACAAGCCCGACAUCCAUGAGCUAGCAAUCCACAGGACUACCAUCCACAAGCCCACCAUCCAUAGGCCCACCAUCCACAAGCCCACCAUCUGCAAGCCCACCAUCCUCAACCCUGAUAUCCACAAGCCCGCCAUCCACAAGCACGCCAUCUACAACCCUUCCAUCCACAAGCCCGACAGUGACAAACCCGACAUUCACAAGCCCGCCAUCCAAAAGCCCGACAUCCACAAGCCCGACAUCCACAAGCCCGCUAUCCACAAGCCUGCCAUCCACAAGCCCGACAUCGACAAACCCGACAUUCACAAGCCCGCCAUCCACAAGCCCAACAUCCACAAACCUGACAUCCACAAGCCCGACAUCCACAAGCCUGCCAUCCACAAGCCUGACAUCCACAGGUCCGCCAUACACAAGCCCACCAUCCACAAGCCUGUUAUCCACAAGCCUGUUAUCCACAAGCCCGACAUCCACAAGCCCAACAUCCACAAGCCCGCCAGACACAAGCCCGCCAUCCACAAGCCUGCCAUCCACAAGCCCAACAUCGACAAACCCCUCACCAUCCACAAGGCCGACAUCCACAAGUCUGACAUUCAGAAGCCCGAUAUCCACAAGCCCGCCAUCCACAAGCCCGCCAUCCACAAGCCCGCCAUCCACAAGCUCGACUUCCACAAGCCCGACAUCCACAAGCCCGACAUCGACAGACCCGACAUUCAUAAGCCCGACAUCCACAAGCCCACCAUCCACAAGCCUGACAUCCACAAGCCCAACAUCCACAAGCCCACCAUCCACAAACCUGCCAUCCACAGGCCUACCAUCCACAAGCCCGACAUCCAGGAGCUAGCCAUCCACAGGCCCACCAUCCACAAGCCCACCAUCAAUAGGCCCACCAUCCACAAGCCCACCAUCUGCAAACCCACCAUCCUCAAGCCUGAUAUCCACAAGCCCGCCAUCCACAAGCACGCCAUCUACAAGCCUUCCAUCCACAAGCCCGACAGUGACAAACCCGACAUUCACAAGCCCGCCAUCCAAAAGCCCGACAUCCACAAGCCCGACAUCCAGAAGCCCACCAUCCACAAGGCUGCCAUCCACAAGCCCAACAUCGACAAACCCAACAGUCACAAGCCCGCCAUCCACAAGCCCGCCAUCCACAAGCCUGACAUCCACAGGCCCGCAAUCCACAAGCCCGCCAUCCACAAGCCUGCCAUCCACAAGCCUGCCAUCCACAAGCUCGCCAUCCACAAGCCCGACAUCAACAAGCCCGACAUCCACAAGCCUUCCAUCCACAAGCCUGACAUCCACAAUCCCAACAUCCACAAGCCCACCAUCCAAAGGCCCGCCAUCCACAAGCCCGACAUCAACAAACCCGACAUUCACAAGCCCGCCAUCCACAAGCCCAACAUCAACAAGCCCGACAUCCACAAGCCUUUCACCCACAAGCCCACCAUUAACAAGCCCACCAUCCACAAGCCUGCUAUCCACAAGCCCGACAUCCACAAGCCCAACAUCCACAAGCCCGCCAGACACAAGCCCGCCAUCCACAAGCCUGCCAUCCACAAGCCUGACAUCGACAAACCCGACAUCAACAAGCCCGACAUCCACAAGCCUUCCAUCCACAAGCCCGACAUCCACAAGCCCAACAUCCACAAGCCCGCCAUCCAACAGUCCACCAUCCACCAUCCACCAUCCGACAUUGACAAACCCGACAUCAACAAACCCGACAUUCACAAGCCCGCCAUCCACAAGCCCAACAUCAACAAGCCCGACAUCCACAAGCCUUCCACCCACAAGCCCGCCAUUAACAAGCCCACCAUCCACAAGCCUGCCAUCCACAAGCCCGAAGUCCACAAGCCCAGCAUCCACAGGCCUGACAUCCACAGGCUUGCCAUCCACAAGCCCGACAUCCACAAGCCCGCCAUCCACAAGCUCGCCAUUAACAAGCCUGCCAUCCACAAGCCCGACAUCGACAAACCCAACAUUCAUAAGCCCGACAUCGACAAGCCCGAUAUCCAAAACCCAACAUCCACAAGCCUGCCAUCCACAAGCCCUCCAUCAACAAGCCCGACAUCCACAAGCCUGACAUCCACAAGCCCGACAUCGACAAACCCGACAUUCAUAAGCCUGCCAUCCACAAGCCUGCAGUCCACAAGCCCAACAUCCACAAGCCCGACAUCCACAAGCCCACCAUCCACAAACCCGCCAUCCACAAGCCCACCAUCUACAAGCCUGCCAUCCACAAGCCCGACAUACAUGAGCCAGCCAUCCAGAAACCCACCAUCCACAAGCCUGCCUGCCAUCCACAAGCCCGACAUCCACAAGCCCGACAUCAACAAGCCCGACAUCCACAAGCCCUCCAUCCACAAGCCCGGCAUCCACAAGCCCAACAUCCACAAGCCCGCCAUCCAACAGUCCACCAUCCACAAGCCCGACAUUGACAAACCUGACAUCCACAAGCCUGCCAUCCACAAGCCCGACAUCAACAAGCCCGACAUCCACAAGCCUUCCACCCACAAGCCCCCCGCCAUCCACAAGCCCGUCAUCCACAAGCCCGCCAUCCACAAUCCCACCAUCAAGAAGCCCAACACUCACAAGCCCAGCAUCCACAGGCCUGACAUCCACAGGCCUGCCAUCCACAAGCCCGACAUCCACAAGCCCACCAUCCACAAGCUCAUCAUCGACAAACCCGACAUCCACAAGCUUGCCAUCCACAAGACCGCCAUCCACAAGCCCGCCAUCCACAAGCCCAACAUCGACAAACCCCCCACCAUCCACAAGGCUGACAUCCACAAGUCUGACAUUCAGAAGCUCGAUAUCCACAAGCCCGCCAUCCACAAGCCCGCCAUUCACAAGCCCGCCAUCCACAAGCUCGAAUUCCACAAGCCCGACAUCCACAAGCCUGACAUCGACAAACAAGACAUUCAUAAGCCCGGCAUCCACAAGCCCACCAUCCACAAGCCCGAUAUCCACAAGCCCAACAUCCACAAGCCCACCAUCCACAAACCCGCCAUCCACAGGCCUGCAAUCCACAAGCCCGACAUCCAUGAGCUAGCAAUCCACAGGACUACCAUCCACAAGCCCACCAUCCAUAGGCCCACCAUCCACAAGCCCACCAUCUGCAAGCCCACCAUCCUCAACCCUGAUAUCCACAAGCCCGCCAUCCACAAGCACGCCAUCUACAACCCUUCCAUCCACAAGCCCGACAGUGACAAACCCGACAUUCACAAGCCCGCCAUCCAAAAGCCCGACAUCCACAAGCCCGACAUCCACAAGCCCGCUAUCCACAAGCCUGCCAUCCACAAGCCCGACAUCGACAAACCCGACAUUCACAAGCCCGCCAUCCACAAGCCCAACAUCCACAAACCUGACAUCCACAAGCCCGACAUCCACAAGCCUGCCAUCCACAAGCCUGACAUCCACAGGUCCGCCAUACACAAGCCCACCAUCCACAAGCCUGUUAUCCACAAGCCUGUUAUCCACAAGCCCGACAUCCACAAGCCCAACAUCCACAAGCCCGCCAGACACAAGCCCGCCAUCCACAAGCCUGCCAUCCACAAGCCCAACAUCGACAAACCCCUCACCAUCCACAAGGCCGACAUCCACAAGUCUGACAUUCAGAAGCCCGAUAUCCACAAGCCCGCCAUCCACAAGCCCGCCAUCCACAAGCCCGCCAUCCACAAGCUCGACUUCCACAAGCCCGACAUCCACAAGCCCGACAUCGACAGACCCGACAUUCAUAAGCCCGACAUCCACAAGCCCACCAUCCACAAGCCUGACAUCCACAAGCCCAACAUCCACAAGCCCACCAUCCACAAACCUGCCAUCCACAGGCCUACCAUCCACAAGCCCGACAUCCAGGAGCUAGCCAUCCACAGGCCCACCAUCCACAAGCCCACCAUCAAUAGGCCCACCAUCCACAAGCCCACCAUCUGCAAACCCACCAUCCUCAAGCCUGAUAUCCACAAGCCCGCCAUCCACAAGCACGCCAUCUACAAGCCUUCCAUCCACAAGCCCGACAGUGACAAACCCGACAUUCACAAGCCCGCCAUCCAAAAGCUGCCAUCCACAAGCCCAACAUCGACAAACCCAACAGUCACAAGCCCGCCAUCCACAAGCCCAACAUCCACAAACCUGACAUCCACAAGCCCGACAUCCACAAGCCUGCCAUCCACAAGCCUGACAUCCACAGGCCCGCCAUACAUAAGCCCGCCAUCCACAAGUCCGACAUCCACAAGCCCGACAUCCACAAGCUCGACAUCCUCAAGCCCACCAUAA